CCUCCAUCUUUCUCCCUCUCAGGUUAGUUCAAACGCAUCGCUCUCUUUAUCGCGCCUAUUCCAACGCGUAAGCACAGAAGUGGGAUUUUUUUUUGGACACCCCGUAGAUGGACCGAGGCCGAGCGGCGCAUGCGCGGGCGCCGAAAAUCGCAUAUCCUGCUCCUUUCCUGCCGCAUCCGAAUCGGCUUUCUCUCGGUUUCAGUGGACCGGCUGACUGUGGCAGGAAAAUGUCGACGUCGAGUUUUCCGACGUCUCCAGCACGUUUUCCUCGAGCAUAGAAAAUCGAAAAAAAAAAUAAAUUUUCCGGGCGGUUUUCGGGGUAUUUCAAUCGAGAGAGUAUUAAACAGCAAAAUGUACGGUCUACUGAUCGAAAACAUGUCCGAGUACAUCAAGCACACCUACGGCGAGGCCAAAUGGGAGGAAAUCCGCCGGGCCUCCGCCGUCGACCAGCCCAGCUUCAGCACCCACCAGGUCUACCCGGAGGGCCUCCUACCCAGACUAUCGAAGAAAGCCGUCCAAAUACUCAAAGUCAGCGAGCAGGAGUUCUUCGACCAGAUGGGCGUCUUCUUCAUCGGCUUCGUCAGCCAGUACGGCUACGACAGGGUGCUGUCGGUGCUCGGCCGGCACAUGCGCGACUUCCUCAACGGCUUGGACAACCUCCACGAGUACUUGAAGUUCUCAUAUCCGCGCAUGCGCGCGCCCAGCUUCAUCUGCGAGAACGAGACCAAGGAGGGGCUGACGUUGCACUACAGGAGCAAACGACGGGGGUUCGUCUACUACACGAUGGGCCAGAUCAGAGAGGUGGCGCGACAUUUCUACCAUAAAGAGAUGAAAAUUGAGCUGGUGCGCGAGGAGUUGCUGUUCGAUAUGGUGCAUGUGACGUUUCAAUUGAGCUUCGAUAAUAGAGCUUUCACGCUGGCUUCGUUGGCUCUAACCAGGGAGGAGAAACACCUGCCCAUCAGCGCUUCGGUGCUCUUCGAGAUAUUCCCGUUUUGCAUCGUUUUCGGGGCGGAUAUGAUAGUGAGAUGUAUAGGGAAUUCGUUGAUGGUGAUCCUGCCGGAUUUGGUGGGGAAGAAGAUCACCAAUUGGUUCGAUUUGGUUAGACCGUUGAUAACGUUCAAAUUCGGAUCGAUUUUGAAUAGAACCAACAACAUCUUCGAAUUGGUGACCGUCGAGCCGGUGUUGAACGACAAACCGUCUGAGCGAAGAGGUCGCGAGUUGGUGCUCAGCGACGAAAUGGAGGUAUCAGAAGACAGGAAUUUGAAAUUGAAAGGCCAGAUGAUCUACAUGGAAAACUGGAAGAUGAUGAUGUAUUUGGGCACGCCGGUGAUGCCCGAUUUGAAUUCGCUCAUCAACUCCGGCUUGUACAUCAACGAUCUCUCCAUGCACGAUUUCAGCAGAGAUUUGAUGUUGGCAGGCACGCAACAAUCGGUCGAGCUGAAGCUGGCCCUCGACCAGGAGCAGCAGAAGAGCAAGAAGCUGGAGGAAUCGAUGAGGAAAUUGGACGAGGAAAUGCGAAGGACCGACGAGCUGCUCUACCAGAUGAUACCCAAGCAAGUGGCCGAUCGGUUGAGGAAGGGCGAGAAUCCCAUCGAUACUUGCGAGAUGUUCGAUAGCGUGUCGAUUUUGUUCUCCGACGUGGUGACUUUCACGGAAAUCUGCAGCAGGAUCACCCCCAUGGAGGUAGUCUCCAUGCUAAACGCAAUGUAUUCAAUCUUCGACAAACUAACAGAACGAAACAGCGUCUACAAAGUAGAGACCAUCGGCGACGCCUACAUGGUGGUCAGCGGAGCCCCCGAGAAGGAGGGCAACCACGCGGAGCGCGUCUGCGACAUGGCCCUCGACAUGGUCGAGGCCAUCACCAACCUCAAGGACCCUUCCACCGGUCAGCACCUGCGGAUCCGAGUGGGGGUGCAUUCGGGCGCCGUCGUGGCCGGUAUAGUGGGCUUGAAGAUGCCGCGGUACUGCCUCUUCGGCGACAGCGUCAACACCGCCUCCAGGAUGGAGUCCACCAGCGAGGCCAUGAAGGUCCACAUAUCGGAGAACACCAGGCAAUUGCUGCCGCAAACUUACAGGGUAUCCGAACGAGGCGAGAUUCAAAUCAAAGGGAAAGGUGCGAUGAAGACGUAUUGGUUGGAGCAGAAGGAGUACCGAUCGCCGAUUUCCAAAACGGAAAUACCCGAGUACCCUGUACACAAAGCUCCUUCGGUCGUUGAGCAGCCGUCUCGGAAAGCUCUAACGCAAUCGCAGGAGCUCAUAGGUCGUGCCGCUUUGUAUUCUCCCAUAACUUUCAAAGACGUCGCCCGCAGGAGUAUAGCCAGUUCACCGGUGAAAAUGAACGCCAGAGAGAUUCGCUCGAAUUCCACCGGAGCAGUGUGCACCAAAUGCGAUCCAUCCGACAUCUUCGGCAGCCUCGUGAUGGACAUCGAACAUUUCAACAAACUAGAGGAAAUCCACAACGUGAUGCCCUGCGCGUUCCGCCAAAGAAGCACCACAGCACCAGCUAGGAAACUACCACCAGAUGGUACCAACGAAGUGGGCUUUAACGCUCCGAAUUGCGAGGAUUCUUUCCCACCAUCAGCUCCGGGCAUCCUCACGCGCAAACCCAGCGAAAAGAAACGAGUGUCCAUCAACGAAGUACCAUCUGACGCCUCUCAGGAACCACCUGCUGACUCAGAGGAACCUCAACAGUACACCGCGGCUCAGAAACCAUCGCAAGCGGGGUUUUGCGCUGGGGAACCGGUGCAAAUGCGGUACGAAUUCGGCAAAUCGAUGCACGAUUACGCCAGGAAACUGGACAGGAAGAAGGCGGUACCGAUAUCGAAGAGCGACAGUAAUUUAUUAUGCGAAGGGGGUUCUGUGGGGGGACCAUCGAGGAGCUUUGAAGCUCCCGAUGGGCAAUUGACGCCGUGUUGCAUGCGCAGGACCGGCAGGAGCAAGUUGCAGAGGAACGCGUGCAACGUCAGCUAGAGGGCGCUGUAUCGGGAAUUUCUAAACUGUUUCUAAAUGUGCUUGUUUAUAAAUAUAGUGAUGGGUUCGAUUGGUUCUUUUGCGAUGUGUGCGUAGUAAUAUCGGAAACGUCGAGCUUGGUGUGUGUCAAUAAAAAUACCUCUAUUAAGAAAAAUUAUCAGGAAACUUUUUAAAAAUCAGAUGUCAAUCAGAAUGUUAUGUUAGAAAAGUACACGAUUUUUUUUACGAAUAUAUCGAGACGACCUUGUACAAUAAUUAGUUAAUAAACUACAUGUCUAUAUUAUACGAGUCGUUCGAAAUUUUUUUUUUGCCGUUCUCUCAUUUUUUAUCGUUAAUUCGGAAAAAUUUCAUCACGUUAUCGUAAUCGUAAGUUUCCAAAGCUUCCCUGAAAGCUCCCGUUCUCGAUUCCACAUUCAUCCCUUUGAAUUUGUAGUAAUCCACGUACAACUGGCACAGAG